ACGAUUUCUACGGCAAUGGACCAAGAGAUAAGCACGGGUGUAAACUACGGUAGUGGAAGUGCUGGCAUUCGAGAGGAAUCUGGAAGUCAUCUGGGUGAUCGGAUCAGCUUGGACAGGCAAUUAGUUAAUCAUCAAACAACAAUUUCACGUGUUACAACGUUUCAGAAUAAUAAGACAUAUACUGAUGAAUAUCUACAAAAAUGCAUUUACUUGUCAAAUAUAGGAAGCAACGAUUACAUUAACAAUUACUUGAUACCUAACGUUUACCCGACCAGCAACAUGUAUGGCGUUGAACAAUACGCAGCAGUCCUCGUGGAACAAUACUCUCAACAGCUAAAGACGUUGUACAAUUUGGGAGCUAGGAAAAUUGCUGUUUUUGGUCUGGGUCAAAUAGGAUGCACCCCAGCUGAGAUAGCGAAUUUUGGCACCGAUGGGAAGCCAUGCGUGUCAUGGAUUAAUGACGCGGUUAAGUUAUUUAAUGACAAGCUUAAGAGUCUUGUUGAUGAGCUCAAUAGUGAUUACUCGACUGCAAGAUUCACUUUCAUCAAUCUUACUAGCAUUUCAGCACCACAAGGAGAUCUACCAAUACCAAGUGCUCCGUGUUGUCAAGUAACGCAAUUUGGACAAUGCGUUCCAAACUCAACUCCUUGUCUUCUUCGGGUUUUGUCUGUGUUUUAUGAUGGUUUUCACCCUUCAGAAACUGCAAACACAGUUAUUGCAACAAGGUCAUACAUUAGACUAUUACCCCAGGAUGCAUCUCCAUAUGAUAUUAGCCAUUUGAAUCCUUUAAACAUGGCAUGUAAGGUUACCCUAAUUAUGUGUCAUUUCUUAGUAGUGGUCGGGUUGAUGAACAUUCCAACACUUAUACUUGCUCAACCACAAGUCCCAUGUUACUUCAUAUUUGGAGACUCCUUGGUUGACAGUGGGAAUAACAAUGCACUUUUAACACAAGCAAAAGCCAAUUACCCACCUUAUGGGAUUGAUUUCCCAGGAGGAGUAGCGACCGGUAGAUUCACCAACGGUCGAACUAUUGCAGACGUCAUCGGUGAACUUCUAGGUUUUACUAAUUUCAUACCACCAUAUGCGAAUACAACAAACCAAGAUAUCAGCAUGGGUGUUAAUUACGGAAGUGGUGCUGCUGGUAUUCAAGAGGACUCUGGAAGUCAACUGGGUGAUCGUGUGAGCUUGAAUAGACAACUACUAAAUCACAAAGCAAUAGUUUCACGCCUUUCACUCCUACAACGAAACCCAACUUUCACGAAUGCAUACUUGAACAAAUGCAUCUACUUACUAAAUAUUGGAAGCAACGAUUAUAUCAAUAACUACUUGAUGCCUAACAUUUACCCAUCAAGCCGCUUAUUUACCCCUGAUCAAUAUGCAUCGAUCCUCAUUAAGCAAUAUAGGCAACAAUUGAAGACUUUGUAUACUUUGGGAGCUAGAAAGGUUGCCAUUUUUGGUUUGGGAUUCAUAGGGUGUACCCCAGCUGAAGUAGCAAGAUUUGGCAAUGAGGGUGAACCAUGCGUUGAGUCGAUCAAUGAUGCCGUGAAACUAUUUAAUGAUAGACUUAAGCCUCUUGUUGAUGAGUUGAACAGAGUUUUACCUAAUGCCACAUUCACCUUUAUCAAUAUGACUAGCAUUUCAGCUCCACAAGGAGGUGAAGUAUUGCCAAACGUUCCUUGUUGUCAAAUUAGGGCAGAUGGGCAAUGUGUUCCAAACUCGACUCCUUGCCCAAACCGGGAUUUAGUUAUUUGGUAUGAUGGUUUUCAUCCCACGGAAAUCGCAAACACUUUCAUUGCAACAAGAUCAUACACUAAAUUCUCUUCCAUGGAUGCUUACCCGUAUGAUAUUAGCGAGUUGGCUCGACAUUAAAACAUAAUAAGAUUAUGUAUUUACUGAUCUUUGUAUGCUAGCUUGUCAUAUAUAUAGGCAGUACUAAUUGCCAUAAUAAAUGUUUCUUUUGUUUGCGUGUUUA